AUGGCGAAGAGUGCUUCGAUAUUGCGAGAUGUUGAAGCAGGAACAAUACCUGUACGAGCAGAAGAGCAGCUGUCAGAGAAGAAGAUCGUGCUCGAGGAUGAGAAAACCGAAAUCCUGGUCGAUUGGGACGGCGAGGAUGACCCGGAAAAUCCUCAAAGCUGGUCAACCGUGUUCAAAUCCUGGGUCACCUUGCAGCUGAGUUUACUGGCGUUUGCUGCGAGUCUGGCUUCCAGCAUUAUCGCUCCCGCAAAUCGAACCAUUGCCGAAUACGUCGCAGUCAGUGAGAAUGUUGUUGUUCUCAAUGUCUCCCUCUACAUCGUUGGCUUCGCCUUUGGCCCUUUGAUCUGGGGUCCUUCGAGCGAAGUUUGGGGCCGGAGAUGGUCCAUGUUGCCGGCAAUGGCGUGUCUAGCUUGCUUCUCCAUCGGCACCGCAGUGAGUCAAAACGCCCAGUCGAUCUUUAUCAACCGGUUCUUCAGCGGCUUCUUUGGCUCGGCUGCUGUCAGCAACGUCAAUGCCGCUUUGGGCGACAUGUGGUCUCGAGAGGCUCGUGGCACAGCUGUUUGCAUGUAUGGAUUGUGCGUCGUCGGGGGGCCGACCCUAGGCCCAACAAUCGGCGCAGCUAUCCUGGUCAAUCCCCAUAUGGGCUGGCGAUGGACCGAAUAUACCACGACCCUGCUCAAUUUUGCGGUUGUUGGGCUGACCUACUUCUGCAUGCCGGAGAUGUAUCCGCCGGUCCUGUUGAAGUGGAAGGCCCAGCGACUACGACGACAGACCGGCAACAACCUGUACUACCACCCUCACGAAAGAAUCAAGGUCGACAUCAGGUCGAUCGUCACCAAGCAAUUGUCGCGGCCGCUCAAGAUGCUCGUCACAGAACCAAUGGUCACCUGCAUCGCAUUCUACGCCUCCUUUGUCUACGCAAUUCUCUACAUGACACUCCAAGUCUUCCCGAUCAUCUUUGAAGAGCAGCGACAGUGGUCGCCCGUGGUCGGUUCUCUGCCUUUUCUCGGCAUGUUCGCUGGGAUUAUCUGCGCCACCGGCGUCAACCUUGGGAAUCAGCCCAGAUACAUCCGGAAAUGUCGGGCUUCCAAUGGAAGGCCGGUCCCUGAAGCAAGACUGCCGCCUCUGGCAAUUGGCGCCGUCAUGAUGGUGGUUGGCCUGUUCUGGUUCGGAUGGACUGCUGCCCCAAAACAUCCCUGGCCCCUUCCUGUCAUUGCUGCCAUGUUUAUCGGUGGUGGCUUUAACGUCAUAUUUCAGCAAUGCAUCAACUACCUGGUCGACGUUUACGGCCUUUAUGCGGCCAGCGCUACAGCCGCUAACACUUUUCUGCGCAGCAUCCUUGCCGCAGGUCUCCCUCUGGCUGCCCGACCCAUGUAUCAUUCACUUGGAGUAGGGCCUGCAACGUCGAUCCUUGGUGCCGUGGCGUCGAUGAUGCUCCCCGUGCCGUUCAUCUUCAUGAAGUACGGCCUCAUUCUGCGGAAGAAAUCGAACUUUGCACCCGUGCCGGAUGGUUGA